UCCCUUAUUAUUCUCCGCAUAAACGCCAUUCACAGCGAAACGCAUUCACCUAAUUUUCACUUUCCUUAGUGUGGCAACAAUGGUGGGACCUUACCUGGAGGGACCAGCUGUUCAAAAAUAUAUAUAAGCCAGCCAGGUAAAAAAUUCCUGCAGCUAAUAAUAAAAAAUAAAAAAUAAAUGUGAAAGAAUGCCUGUCUUGGAUCACCAUAAAGCCGGUCUCCGAGAUUUGCUGCAAACUGAAAAGAAUACACCAAUCCUCCUCCAGCUUUCCAAAAGCACCACCAAACAUGUCUUCAAAACUGAGGAUCCUUCAGAGGCCCUAGACGUUCUCGUAACACAGAUCGGCGACACUUACAAGUUACUUUCGAAGCGCUCCAUCUCCAAAGAGAUACUGUUUACGUACCUGAGCACUAAAGAUCCGGGGGUGACCACGGAUUUCACGAAGGCGGACCUUAUAACUAAGGUUAUCAGCUACUGGGAUCAGUGCGUUGUGGCCACCAUACCACAGAAUACCAAUGGCACAGUUUCUAUCAGCGAAAACAAAAAGGAAGAGGACUACCCGAUCCACACGAUUGCUCGAAAAUUUGGAGAGUGGUUCUUCGAAAUCUUUAACAAGGAUAACCUUCAACUGGUGGACUUGUGGAGUGACGCUACUCUGAACAUGACCAUCAUAGCCAGCGAUGGCGUAAACGAGCUUGAGUGCUCCACUGCGGCUGAAGUCAUAGAAGCUCUAUCCAGCGCCAAGCAGCAAUUUGGAUUUCACUUCAAUCCGAACCUGACGCACAAUGGGAUUCAGGGCCGCAUGGAUGCCUACGGUCAUGUCGUGGUACUCUCCUGCGGCACACUGCACACGCAGGACACCUGCGUUGGCGUCUUUGAGUGCGCCUUUGGCCUAGUCCGGGAUCCCCACUUGGACAACAACUGGAAGCCCAGGCACUUUAAGUUCCUGCUGAAAAGCGCCCAGCAGCCUCCUGAACUCCACAGUCUCGGUUCGAGCGAGACCUUGCAGGCAGCCCUGGAGCUGCCGGUGCCGAGCGAAGAUCUAGAAUAGCCUCACUUACCUGGCCAUGUCAAUGGAGAUGCGAGGAGCGCCCAAUGCCCUAACGAAAUCAAGAAAAUAAUAGUUAAAUGUACUCACGCGGUCCAGCAAGCAAUUAACUCUUGGAGCCGCAGACGAGAGUGGACUCCGCGGGUCUCCGUCAAAAAAGCUGCAAGGUUAAAGAUAAUUAGUUUAUGGCAACAACUAUGGACUGUGGAAUGAGCUUACACUGGGCCGAGUUAGUGGCCAGUGCAAAGCUUAUACACCCAAUACUUUCUUCGACUGGCCGAAGCAGGCAUUUCUUGCAGUGAUAUUAAUUUUAAAACAUUUCAAAAGUCAGAUUUCGUAUACGAGUACGUCACAAAUGAUAUUAAAUUGAUAGUUAAUAGGUUUAGUUGUAAGUUUUGAUGUUCAGACACAUUUUAUAAUGUUCUAAAUAAAAGAAUUUCAAUUUCUUAAACUAU